AGUAUAAUAAGGAUCAUAAGAAAAAACGGCCUUCACUCGAUUAGGAUCUACAUAUCUGAUUCCACGAGGGGUCAUUAGUCUCGGUUGCGUUCGUGUAAUAAAUUCAUUUCUCCGAUGGACACGUGUCGAAAGUAAUCGCACGUACGUCGCCCGGGACUGCCGAUUUCUAAGGAUAAUGCGAAGUCUGGCGAGGUUAUCAAGUAGCGAUCAAGACUGCGAUCAGGAGAUGUAUAUCGACCUGGACGACGCUUCCGUUGACUCGCUUACCGGAAAACGAAGGCGGCACCGUGUGGUUGGGACAGAGGUGGGUGAGGAGAGUGAUAGUAGUGGCAGUGACAGAAAUCCGAAACAAGCGAAGAGGAGAAAUCGUGGAGGACCACCGACGACGAGGAGGCGAAAAAGUGGAAUUUCCGCGCGAGAAAAGAAUCUGAGGAGGCUUGAGAGCAACGAGAGAGAAAGAAUGAGAAUGCAUUCCCUGAACGACGCUUUUGAGCAACUGCGCGAGGUGAUACCACAUGUAAAAAUGGAAAGAAAGCUCAGUAAAAUCGAGACGCUUACGUUGGCCAAGAAUUAUAUAAUGGCCCUGACAAACGUCAUAUGUGAAAUGCGUGGCGAGGAGCAACCAUACACGUUUGUCGAUGGGGAGUGUGGCUCUAGCAGCGGCGACAGUACAGGCCAGUUAGAGCUAAGCGGCGGAGAACAACCGGAAGAAGCGUCUCCAGCAUCGAUACACGAAACUAACAAUAAUAGUUUGCUACACGAAGAUUUGGAGCGUAGGAUAACGUAGCAUGCUUAAUUACUUGUAAAGCUUGAACGAUCCUUGUUGGUAAAACUCGCCUCUGUUUAAUGAAACAAGGCCGAGACGAUCGCCUACCCUUAAUCGUGAAUACAAUAAACACGUCACGCUCUGAAGGAAGAGAAAAUCGAAACAAGAGAAGAGAAAUACAAGAGUUUAUGGAAGCAUGCGAAUAAAAAUGGAAGCCAAUGAGGAAUCUUUAGCAUUGCUGUUUAGAAUCGAUCGUUGCUAAACGUUAUUACAAGACUUAUCGAAGAAGAUGCAAUUCUGCUUUUACGAAAUCAUC